GAGUUGGGAUUUGAAAGUUGGAGCUGCUGCCAGGGAACCCCGAGAGUGUUUGGAAGACAUUCGUGCUGCUGGACCUCCUGGACGCCCCUGAGACUCUGUGAUGGAUGCAGAGGUGGUUCUGCAGGAGGAGGACAUGGAGGGCUCGUGGACGCUGCUGUCCUGGCUGGCGUCCUUCGUCAUGGUGUUCGGCGGAGCCCUGCCCUACGUGCCGCAGUACCAGGAGAUCCAGAGAAGCAGCAACACCGAGGGCUUCUCCACCAGAGUGUGCUUCGUGCUGCUCGUAGCCAACAUAUUACGCAUAUUCUUCUGGAUCGGGAAGCAGUUUGAGAUGACCCUGCUGCUCCAGAGUGUGGUGAUGAUCCUCACCAUGUUCGCCAUGCUCCACCUCUGCUGCACCGUCCAGAACACCAACCGCGUCAGCACCAGGCAGCAUCGGCUCUCAGACUUGAACUUCCACUACUUCUGGAAGUGGAGCGCGUUCGAGGACUACCUGCUCUUCUGCUUCGGCUUCACGGUGCUGUGCGCGGUGGUCACCCUGCUCCUGCUCGACUCCGCCGUGUUCGUGGAGACCCUGGGAUCCCUGGCCGUGAUGUUCGAGGCCAUGCUGGGCGUCCCACAGCUGCUGCAAAACUUCGAGAACCGCUCCACCAAAGGCAUGAGUGUGAAGAUGGUUCUGCUGUGGACGGCCGGCGACGUCUUCAAGACCACCUACUUCGUGAUGAACGAAAGCCCGGCUCAGUUCUGGGUCUGCGGUUCAGUCCAGAUCCUGAUCGAUGUGUUCAUCCUGCUCCAGGUGUUGCUCUACAGCCAGGACACGCGGGUCAAACUGGGCUGACCGUGGCUGAAGAUAACAGCCAGAGCUUUGGUAUAAGUUUUAAUGAGUCUGAGGACUAGAAGCCUUUUAAAACAACCUGCUGAUAAAGUGUCAGGCUGAAGUUUAGAGCCAGAAUUUGGAGAAAACCAAAGUGAAAUAGAUUGUUUUUGUUGUUUUUUUUAGUGUUCAGCCUUAUAGCUCAAAACUUCUGCUUUAAAAGUAUCAUGCAGAACCAGCCAAGUUACCUCCAAGUGCCAUUACACCACCUCGUUAGCAUCUUCAGCCCUAAAAACAAAUCAUUGCCUUACGUAUUAUAAUGUAGGUGCAUUUUACAUUUUUAUUUUUUUACUAUUUAUUCGGACUGCGUGGAUCAUAAUGUGGACUCCUGAAGUGUCGUGGACAUGAGAACUGUGAGAGGAAACAUUAUUCACGUUGGCAGCUCGCUAACAGCACAUCAGUGCUGCUGUAAUGGCAACUGGAACAACCAGUCCUGCACCAGUAGCGCCGCACUGGAAGCUGCAGCCUGACGGAUGGGUCUCCCGCCUCACACUCCCGACUUCACCGGACUGUUCUCAUGAUACAUAGCGUGUGUGCUCGUCUGUGCGUGUCCGUGUGUGUGUGUUUGUGUUGGCGUUCUUGCGCAGCUGAUAUCGAUUUUUGCCGUCGGCAUCCAGCGCUAAGAGAAAGCGGCAGAAUGUACAUGGAGUAAUGGCGACUACACGGGCCAUCAGUCUGCAGGGUCCGACUCUGCUUUGUGGUGCGAUUGACAAACAAUCCGAGUCUCCCACAAAGUAUACAAAGAAAUGACACCACGAUGCUUUGCUCUAUACCUCAGUCGCCAGAUCUCCUGUAGACACCAAAGAACGCGUCAGACUUCAGGUCAAACUAACUUUUAUUGUUGUUUAUUGUUGAACAUGUGUGGCUUUUAUCAUGUCAUCCUCUAAGUACUGAGGUGGUUUUAUUAUUUCAUUAUCUGCUGAUUUUUGUGGUCUCUUUUACCACAUUUAGAAAAGAGUAAUGACAGUCACAGGAGUUUUUUUUAACCUUGAUGUUUUAUUGAACACAUUUCUGCUAACACCCAUCACCCGCUGACAUCUCUGACUCCUUAGAAAGCAGCGUUCUGUUUGAAAAUGUAAGAACAAAAUGGCCCAUUUUCAAGCCCUUACCAAGUGAGAUUUGGCUCAGAACGAAUGUUCUUUUAAGGACUUUAUGGAGUUUUAUGGAAGAUGUCGAUGAAGCGUUACUGUGACAGCAUCAGAACCAAUAAUUUAUGGCCUAAGUGGGUGUUGGCCUGCCAGGAGUGCAGCCAGUUUUCUGGAAUAUUUUGUGAAAGGGCAUGUUGAACCACUAUUCAAGGCCAAUUUUUUUAAGUAUUUGUUUUGCAGAUACCUAGACAAUCACAAGGGUUUAAAGAUACAAGGCAUAAAUGUAUGUUUCUGCUUUUUUCCUGUGAAUCUUCCCUUUGACUCGACAGAAACUGAGCUCCUCACAAAAUGUCAAAAUAAUGAUUGAACAGUAUUGAACAACUUCUUUAAAUUGCACUGCAGUCCAGACUGAUAUUCUGUGUCUUAAACAAUAGAUAGAAAUUUUAAGAACUGAACAGUAAUUGUGGCAAAAGCAUCUCUUGUAAAACGCUCCCACAUUAAGUCAUUAGGCCUUAAUUGACUUGUUAGAGCUUAAUGAGAUGUUGAAGGGCUUCCAGCUCGCAAUCUCCACUGUCUUAAAUCUCAUUAACAAAUGGCAUUUAAAGGGGAAGUCAAAACAAGACACAAGAGCUGGAAAACUUUCAGAAAAACGUGCACAGAAAGGAAAAGCAAAAACCCAAAAUGACUGAAGACGAGCUGCAGGAGGGUUUAACUGACACAGGAGUGGAUGUGCACAGACAGGACCUGCAUGGAGGAAACAUCACGUGUGACCUCUUCACUAAAGUCAACAUCUGAAAACAUGAAAAACAGCAUCUGGAUGAGCCAAGCAACCGCCGAGGACGGACGAAGUUAAAAUCGGCCACAAUCGCCAAAAGUCUGUUUGGAGAAACAAGGUGCAGCGUUUGAUGAGGAGAACUUCCUGCCAACUGUUAGGAACGGAGGUGGAAACUGUCUGCUGUCGUAUGUCUGGCAGCCGGUGGCUCAGGAACACGGCGCAGAUAGAGGGAGGACUGGAUUCAGUAAACGUCGGCCAACUCUGGAUGGAGAUGUUGAGAAAAUGAAAACGCUGGCUUCAACAACUGGACGGUCUUCCAAAGCAGAGCUCCAAAUCCACGAGGACUUCAACUUGCUCCGUGUGCCAGGCAAAUAAAAAAUUCUCUAAACUUGAAGUGACCUGCAAGAAAGAUUCCUAAAUCAAGAAUAGAAAGACUCUUUGCCAGCCGGAGAAAUGUCUGCCCGUUGGUGUCCAAACUGUUGUAUACGACUGUUUACCAAAGUACAAUUAAAUUUAUAAAAGGAAACUCGGUGCCCUUCAGGAAAGUCAAGCUACCUAAAGCCAAAAAUAACUCCAUAAAACACCGUUCCCAUUUCCUGAGCCCCUUCCUGCUCAGCACCUUCGCUUCACUCCUUUAGUUUGAUUAAUUUUCUUUUUAUAGCAUGUUAAAUGGCAGCAAUCAAACCCAGAAAUGUCGUCAUUCAACCAGCGAUGCUCCAUUAGACACGGGGCGGUUUACGUAAUGCUCGGGCAAAAUACUUUAUGUUUAGUUCCUUCUGCGUGUCGAAGCGCCGCUGAGCCGUCAUCUGGAGGCAGCGGCCGCCGAGUUGUGGAGAAAACGAGGUUAUCAGCAGCGAUGAUGACUCAAGCGAGGCCAUUUGCUCAAAUCAUCUUAUUAUCCUUCCCUCCCAACUUCAUUUUGUGAUGUGCAGUGUUUUCCACAUAGUUCCCCAUCAGAUGGACGCUGUCUCUGUCUAACAGGGAAACACUGCAGAGGGGGAAUCAUUACAGCUACCAGCGAAACUUUCUUCAUCCCGUCCAGCCUCCCAAAUGCAAAAUAACUCACGCAUAUUUUAUUCAAAAGCUCUGUUUAUAAUUGAAACAUUAAUUUAACAAUGCAGCCUUCAGGUGAUUGCGGCUCUUUCCCGCUGUUUCCUGAAAGUUUCCUAAAACCACUGCAGGGUGAAACAAGGGAGACGCAGCAGCUCAUCAGCAGCCGGUGCACGUUCCUUUUCUUUUUUAACUUCCCCUCCUGUAUGAUUUAAUUGAGUCAUAAAGUCAUGCGUUAAGUCUUUGAAUCACCUUUUUGAUUCACCAGUCGGUGUCCUUCUGUUAAUCUCUACUUGCUGCCCAUCAGCGAGCAUCGUUUUGAUGUUACACGCUGCAGUGCUUCUGGUUUGCAUCGUGAAGACGGCUCGUGGACGCCGCUGAGCCAUAAGACUACAUUUGUGAAGACGGGGCAUUUCAGGAGAGGCGUCAGUAUUGUUGUUCUGUGUGUAUGUGCAUGAUAUCUUACAUCUGUUGGCCAUAUUGUAAGCUGCGUGUGUCUUACUAUCUCAGCCCUGCAUUCCACACCAGGAUUGCAGUUGCAUUAUUUUUAUAUUCUAUAUGUUCUUAUCGCCAGAUGCUUAUCUUCAUAUUGUUUUCCGUCAGCAGAGACCCAGAGCAGCACCCUCGCUGGCUUUAGUCGAACAUUCAAGGCCCCUAUAGACUUUCUCUCUCAAGGACAGUCGGAGACACUAACGCUCGUUGUGGUUGUGAUAAUCCCUCAAGUUCACAUUGAGGUAAAUGCACUUGUUGUCUCACCGCCGCGAUGCUGAUAACAAGUCGGUGGUUUGGGUUUUCUUCCCACCAGGUGCAAGAUUUACGUUUCAUUUUUUUAUCUUGACAUAAAAUUUGGAUUAACAGCUGGCGACACCAAAUGUCCUGUGAUUUCAGUUUAAAUGUCCUUUCUGCAGGUUAUAUGCUUUUAACCACAAUCAGAAGUGAGUGAACCAAACAUCAUGUGACACUGUGAUGCACACCUGAGACAUCAGGCAUGCAAACAAUAUGAAAAACUGUUACUGUCCAAAUAGAUGUUACUGUAUAACGGAGAAUGUGUGAAUGCCAAACGUUUGUCAUUUCAUUUUCUCAGAUAUAAACUAUUUAUCUUCCACUA